CUUUUUCGUCUUCAGCCGGGGGCAGCGCGGUGCCCGCGAUAAAAACUACUUCGCGACCGAUUUUCUUGGAGUUUCGGCGACCAGCGGCCGCGGUUGCCGAGGUUUCCCAGGGGAGUAAGCGGACGCUGGAGAAGCCGCGCUUUCUGAGCGCUUUUGUUUUCGGAGUAAAAGGACCUGAAGAUGUAGAUGAUCGGUUCAGUGAGAUGAACACAACAAAAGUCGGAGUGGUGCCUGAUACUGGUUAUACCUCCCCGCCGGACCGACAUUUUUACCUGGCAAUCCGGCAUCCAGCGGAACGGCGGGGGGAAAUUUUUGCUUUCAGAGCAAGCGAGGGACCGCAAGUAGGUGACCGCGAUAGAACAACCGCUGUACAAGACGGCGUAGAUGGUGAAGCCAGCGACGCUCUUGACGCAGUGCUGCAGCGCUUUUUUUCGGAGAAAGCGGACCAAAACUUCCACCAAAGCCGCCCUGAUGCGUCUAUUUGGGAAAGCUUUGCGCGCGAUAAACUCCUGCGACACAAGUCUCGGCGCAUUCUGACUGAGAACGACUACGAUUGGCUGGCUCAGUGCGAGGAUGAAUUUCUCGGAAGUGUCCGCCAGCGCGACGCGGAGCUCGUUGCAGCGCGAAUCACCAAGAUCGUGCAAGAUUUCGCUACAGGAACAGCAGCAGGCGGCGAUGGCAAUGGGGCUUCCAAUCCCGACCCUGGCGAUAAGUCCUCCAGCGCCGAAAGUGGGGCUCCAGCGGGCGCUGGAAAAGAGGAACGACAGAAGAGCGGGCCGCUCCGCCAAUCUCGGUUCGCGCCCGUCGCUGUCGGCCACGUUGCGAGGACGGCCUGUUCGAAGCUUCUGCACACGCUGCUGCCAAGAGUAAGUGCCAGGUCGCCGCCCAAUACUGUUGCGGCUGUUGAAAACAAAAAGGACGAUUUGGUGUGUGAAGUGUUCGAGUCCGACUACUUUCCGAAGCUGAAAAAUAACAGCUUUUCAGUAUCAUCUUCUUCUUCCAUAAAUAAAGGCAGUACAACUACACGUCGAGGAGACACAACCCCGGCAAGGGUAGUUCAAAAGAAAGCGGCUACUUCAAGCGCCCUCGUCCGUCGCGUCGUCCUGGAAAACCUCUCCGCCCUCGAUCCCACUUUUCUGUUCGACGAGGAGGCGCCCCACAGCGUUUUGUCGGUCCAGCACGCAAGCCCCGUGUCCAUCGCCGGUGUGCUCGUCGGCGACGAACUUUUGGCGAUCAAUGGCCAGAGGCCAAAGAAGUUUUUGCAAGAUUAUCAAAUGGAAAAGCAUCGUACUCCUACUAAGCGCAGAUAUGCAUGAUAAAUCUGCUUCCCAAGGUAGAUCAGCAUGACAAAUUCCAUUUUCCAUUCUGAGGAAAUUUGUCAUGCGAUUUAUACUAGUACGAUACUUAUACUUUUGCAAUGCAUAAAGAUUCGAAUUCGACGAAUUCCAUGCGACAAAGGCCGCUAGCGUUGUUGUUCCUGGAUUCAGUGAAAUUGGCUGGAUUGCUGGCGCCCUUCCUACCGGGCGUGGAGACGAUGAUGCGGCGGCAGAGGUUGAAGGUGCAAGUAGAGAACAAGCAAAGUAGACGUGCCGCUCGCCCUGCAGGUUCGUCCGCAGCGUCGAGUGCACAGGCGCCACAGAAGACCAAGGGCUUCGCAACUGCUUCGUCGGAAAGGCCGAGGGGCGGACAUGCAAAUGGCAGUUCUAUUGGCACUAGCACUACACCCCCUUCGAAAUUCGCACCAAAAGGCCGUCAGCUUGUGUCUAGCAGUGGUAGUGGAGCUGGCAGCAAAGCCGCAGAGAGCGCGAGUCGCAUGGCGCGUCAGGGUGACGAGAAAAGUCAAGCACUCUCGAGCACCACAAACAUGAAAACAAGAGGAACAAAAACGAGUGAAAUGAUCGAACCUACGAGCAAGACUCAAUGCGAAAUAGCAAAGCCGAAAUCUGAAUUCGCGGAGCUAUCACCGCAACCGAAAGUUGAGAGCUCCGGGCCAACGGUGAGGGGCAGAAAUCGGCUGCAGCAAGGGUCGCCUGCGAUACUACUUGCUACGGAGCCAUCGCCAGAGGGUGCAGGAGCUUCCGCUGGAGAAUUUUUCGAUGAGGAACCUCCCAACAGACCUUAUGGGGCUGAGCGAUCUACGUUUCAGCCAUUCAUCAAAACUCCCGCACAAGAAAGGACAAACGAAGCCGCUUCGUUUUUGAAUGCUCUCUACGCACCAAAAGCAUCUUCAGAUGAAACUACAGCGGCCGCCCAAAUUCCGCUCUGUGUCGUCAGCAAAUCGUCUUCCCUUGGUUUCACGUAUUGCGGCUCAGUGUCCGCCGGCCACGUUCUCGUUCGGACCGUUUUGCCCGAUUCGCUCCCCGCGCUCCUUGGUGUCACACCGGGCACAGCAAUCGCGUCCGUGAAUGGAGUGCGUGUCUCUAGUACAACGAUUCGCGGUGGAGUAGAACUUCAAUCCGAACAUCAUCAUCUUCAUCAAACCGAAGAUAGCGAAGAUUUUCUCGACCAGCAGCUAAGCAAGAGACCGUGUGUGGUCGUGUUUGACCCACCCUCUUCCUAUUCCGUGAAAAUUAACCAUCCCCAUCCAUUUUGUGCAUGACAAACAGAGGAUUUUAUGUAUGUUUUGCAUGACAACCUGGAUGGGGAUGGUUAAUUUUCAGGGGAUACUUCCCAACACUUGCGGCAGCUUGAACUGGAGAACAAACUUUUUCCAGACAAAGCAGAGAAACGAAAGAGAGUCGAGAAGGCCAUGCGGUUCCUCGCUGAGGACCUUUUUCCUCUUUGCCCGAACGUUUUCGUGCAGAAUGAAAUUGCGACUUCGAAAAAUUUGAGCUCGUCAAAACGGGAAGAAGGAUCUGGUGCCGCUGCUGCCGAUGCCGACGCUGGCCGGAGACACGAAAUCCGUCUCACUACCUCCUUUGCUGACCUAGCUACUGUCUUGUGGCAUAAGGAAAAGCCAGCGGACUCGCUAGCUGCUGGCACGGCAUCUUCAUCGUCUGCAUCUUCAGCGAUUAUCAGACCUACCACACGGGAGCUUGAUAGUACUGCUGAGGGAAGCGGAAGUAGAAGCGGCGUUACGAGCAGGACAGACACUGCUGCACGACCUCCAACCCUUUUCGAUCAAACUUCAGUGUCGGACGUGGGGAUCACGCUGUGGGGUCACCCAUCGGACCGAGUUUUCGUGUCCAAAGUCACCUACCCGUCGGUUGCGGACAGCCACGGAAUUCGAAUCGGGGCGGAACUGGUGAAGAUCAAUGGCUUUCCUUUGCCGUUGCCGUUCCAGGACUUGGAAAAAGUCGAGGCUGUGGUCAACAAAGUAGCGGCCGAUGGGAUAUCGACAGAAGUGAGCAAUUCAGUCGCGUUGGACUUUUUGCAGCUGCGAGGCUAAGUCGUUGUACCACCGCGCGCUCAUCAUCUUCUCGCGAUUUUAUACUUGAGGAGGAACAUAAUCACAAAUCGUAGAUGGAAGGCGAACAAGUUCGAAGAACGAAAAGCCUGCGCGAACCUUUCCGACGGAGACUCAGACUGUUUUUACUUUCAGUCGCAGCCACUCGCAGCAGCAGUGGUUGCGAACAUGGAUACGACAGUGUUAAUAUGCAUGUAGAUGUACAAAGCCGA